GCAUUAAAGAAAAACUCUCCCUUUGUGUAUUGAAGGGGAUGGUGAGAAUAAUCAUUAUUAUGCCUCUUUAUCCACUGGCCAUUGGAGGGGACAAGCUAGGGCACUAGCCUUCCACACAAUACAACUCCACAUUGUUAGUGUUGAGCAUUGGUGACUUUAUUAUUAAGAAAAUGAGUCUCGCCGGGAAGCUGGAAACCGAUGUUGAGCUCAAGGCUUCUGCUCAACAGUUCCAUGAAGUACUCUGCAGCAGACCUCACCACAUCUCCAACGUCUCCCCUUCUAAGAUCCAGGGAGUCCAGUUGCACCAAGGUGAAUGGGGCAAGGAAGGUUCUGUCAUCAUCUGGAACUAUGUCAGUGAUGGGAAGACUAAAGUACUUAAGGAGCAGGUGGAGAAAAUAGAUCCAGUAAAGAACUCGGUGACAUACAAGGUGAUUGAAGGGGAUCUGUUGAAUGAGUACAAGAGUUUCAAAAUCACAAUUCAAGUUACGCCCAAGGGAACUGGCAGUGUUUCACACUGGACAUAUGAAUAUGAGAAGCUGCAUCCUGGUAUUUCGCACCCUGAGAAACUCAUCCAAUUUGCAGCCGAACUCUCCAGGGAAAUCGAUUCCCACCUCACCAGUGCUAAAUAGACAAAUAUUGUCACAUAUCGGUGCUACCACCAAUCAUAUGUUAAGUACGAAUAAUAUGCAUCGAUCCGAUCGAGUGGUUAUGUGUUGCAUGAAUGUUUGAAGUUAUAUAUGUUUGGAGUGGUUAUGUGUUGCAUGAAUGUUCGAAGUUAUAUAUGUUUGGAAUAAAUAUGUAGCUUAAUUUGGUGUGCGUAUCUCAAUUCUG